AUGUGCCCCGCCAGGGCUGGCAAGGCGGCGCCGGCGGGGAAUGGCGGCGCCAACGGCUCAGAAUCGGGGAUGGGCUCUGCUGCAGAGGCCCCCGCCGAGAUGACCCUCCUCCCUGAUCCCCUGCUCUCAUCUCUCCAUCCCCUCAUUCCCUCCUCUUAUUCCGUCCCCCAACCCCGCCGUCGCCCGCGACCCCCCGCUUCUUCCCUCCCCCCCACUGCUUUCCCCCUUCCGCCCUUCCCCCGCAGGCGGCGGGACGUGUUGGACAUAGUGCGCAAGCAUUCCGACGCCCUUCCGCGCCCAGGCGCAGCACAACCAGGCGCUGGCUCCCCCCCCGCGCAGCAGGGGGCGCAGGGGGCGCAAGGGGCGCAGGGGCAGGCGCAGAGCGCGGGGGGGGGGGCGGAGGAGAACGGCGUGGAUACGGCGACCGUGUUAAUGGACGGUCGAUAUUGGCAGCAGAUGCUGGAUCUGUAUUUCGUUAGAGAUGACGGGAAGGGCCAUUCUGCGGGGAAGGGGGGGAAAGGGGGAGACGCGAACGCGGGGGACGGAGAGGAGGGGAGCAGCAGCGGGGAAGGGGCGAAGGUGAAGAAAGCGGAUGCGCUGUUUGAUGACAUGCUGUUCUUCGUGAGACAAGAGAAAUCAACCUUUGGUCACAUACUCAACUUCAUCGGAUCCCUCAUGCAAGCGGAGGGGCCACCGACUGAGGAGGCAGAGAAGGCAAAGCCCUUCUUUGUGCGCCGCUGGGGUCCUGAUUUGGCAAAGGUGGUGGGCGAGAGUGCAGACGAGGUGGACUGGCGGCGCUCCUUCUAUCUCAACCUCAUCUGCCACACAGAGUUCACACUCACCGUCGCCAUCUGCAGUCGGCAGGACCUGGAGGCUCAUCGCAGGUCAAGCAAGGCCCCUGUGCACCCCAUAUCGAAGGUGACAAAGAGGGUCUUUGCAUCGCCCAGCAAGGCGCGUAUAGACGUGGACACGUCCAAGGCACAGGAGACGUUGCCCUCCUUCCCCGAGAUCUGCUUUGCUGUUGACGAUUAUGACAACACCUUUGAGGCCGUGGUCUUGGAGGACCCUGACCACUGCUUCUGUGUCAUGCUGAACGCGCACGGAGGGGCGGCGUUCCCCCCGGACGAUGUUGUGGAGAAGGUCAACCCGGACGGGUCCCGGCGCCUGUUCCGGCGUGGCACCAGCAGCGAGGCCAAGGCGCUUGGGGAGGCCACGGAUGGGCAGCCCAAGCCUCCCCUCAUGCGCCUCCCCUCAUGCGCCUCCCCUCAUGCGCCUCCCCUCAUGCGCCUCUCCUCAUGCGCCUCCCCUCAUGCGCCUCCCCUCAUGCGCCUCCCCUCAUGCGCCUCUCCUCAUGCGCCUCCCUCCCAGAUCACGCUCUUCUCGGGCUUUGUCAGCUACCCGCUCGUCCGCUCCGCCUUCCAGGGUGCGUCCUGUCUCCUCCUCCUCCUCCCACCUCCUCCUCCUCCCAUCCACCACACGCGUGUCUCUUCACCUGCACCGCGCUCCGCUGUCAGAUUCUGUGUCUGUAAAGAAAAGCGCCCGUCCUUCCUCCCUCUUCUUCCUCCUAACCACCGCGAGCAUCUCUCUACAACUGCACCGCACUCUGCUGUCUGCUUCCCCAUCUGCACCUCUCCUCCCCUUGCGUUGCUUGCUACCACAGGGGGGAACACGGGGUUCAGCAUGUGGGGGCAGGUGCAGCCGCCCAAGCCAGAGAAGCUGGUGAUGAGAGGGCCAGGGGGGAGAGGGGAGGCGGACGUUGCUGUCUCUCUCGUGCUGCCUGCUCCCGAGGUGCACCCAGAGGAGACCGAGAAGAAGCGAAAGCCGAGGGAGAAGAAGAAGAAGGAUGGGGACAACCGCCACCGACCCUCUCUCUCUGAGCUUCAAGGCAAGCUAUGGUCGGUGCAGUCAGAGUUGAUGGCUCUUGUGGAGGCUCAGCAGCAGCAGCAGGAAGAGGUGGAGAAGGACAAGGCGAAGGGGAAGGGGAAGGAGGCGGCGGAAGAGGCGGAGGAUAGGAAGAGAAAGAAGGAGGAGAAUCAGCAGCGGUUGCGAGAGCUUCAGGUGGAGUUGAAAUCGGUGCAGGAGCAGCUGCAGAAGUUGGGAGGUGGCGGGGAGAACGCAGGCAGUCCGAAGCAUGGGGGGAAGGACAAGGACAAGGAGAGGGACUCGUCGGGAGGAGGAAGCGGGAGCGGUAGCGGUGGCGGUGCUGGGGGGCGGAUCUCGGGGUUUUUCAAGAAGGUGACGCAGACACCUCCUAAGCGUACAAUGGUUCAUGAUGAUUUGGAGGAUGCUGGUUCCCCUGGGGGAAUAACGGCUGCAGGAGGAGGAGCGGCAGGAGCAGGAGCUGGAAGUGCUCUUGCUGGCACCAGCAGUGGUGGCAGCGGCAGCGGCGGUGGUGGUGUUGCUGGUGGUUCGGCCGGUGCUUCUGGUGCUGGUGGUGGGUCGUCGGGAGAUGGGGGAGGGAAGGGCAAGGCAGCAGCAGCGGGGCCGGCAGUGCAGCCGCUGCGGUGCUGUCUCAUCUCACUCACUCUCCCAUGGGACCUCCUUGCCUUUGACCUUCUCUUCAAGGAGAUGCCGAUCAAGAUUGACAUUGGUGGACGGGUCUUCCCCCCCACUCGACCCAGACCUGUUGUCUCCGCUUAG